AUGGUGAUCAGCAUUAAUAAUGCAGUGAAUAGAUGUAUGUAAUAAGAUGCAUAAUAAGUCUUACUUGGCAUAGAUAUAUUUGGCCAAACUUUCACCAUCAAUGUAAAUGGCAAAAGAAAUUAUACUACUGCCUGUGGGGGCAUAACUUCAGUAUUAGUGAUAGCUAUUGUGAUUAUGAGUUCCUGGAACACAAUUAUUAACUUUUUUUGGAAAUCCAACUUAUAAGUAUCUAUUUCCUCCGAACAUAAUAUGGAUUCCCCCAUUAUCAAAUAAGACUCUAAUAAUUUUAUGUUAGCCAUAGGUCUAAAAUAAAUGGACAAUGCACAAUUACAAUACUUCGAAAUUGAAAUUGAAUAGCGGUAAGUAUUAUAAUCAUUUUGAGGUUGUAUAACAAUAAUUCCGAGUAGAUUAGUUAUAUUGAAUUAGAAAAAUGCUCAAAUGAGAGACUAUUACAACUUUAAGAAAACUAAGCCAUUAAUAUGACUUAAGUGCUUCCCUAACAAUUCUAAGGCUCUCUUUUAUGUCUCAAGUAUCUUUUUAUAAUUAAAUAGGAAUAAUCAAACAUUGCAUUUCCACUAGUCAGGCCCAAGUAAUUAUUUAAUUUAAACAAGAUUAAUUGGAAUUUUUGAGAAUUAAUAUAAAAAAAUGCCAAAAUUUUACAAAUUCAGAAUUAAGAUGUGCAUCAUAGGAUGAAAUCAAUUAAUUUAUUAGGAAGAAUAGAUAAUUCACAUUAUAACUGUACUUUGGCAAUUAUGUCAUUUAAUAUCUUAAUUUUAGAUACUGAACCCAUAUAAUAAAGGUGAAAACUAUGCGCAAAAAUUCCUCGAUGAUUCAGUUACCAUUAGUUUUAUACCUUAAAAAUUGUUAAGGUCAGUAACUCUGCUUUUGAGGAAGUAUAACAUAAUGAAUGACGAUAGUGUUAUGCCUUUUUAGUAAUCCCUAAAUUAUAUUUAGAUCAAAUGAAAAAUCAGAAAUCAAUUUAAUAUCUUCAGAAGAUAAGAUUGAAAUUGUUGAUCUUGGAAGAGAUGAUGAUGAAGUAUACGGAUAUAUAGAUAUAAAAUAAGAUAUAUUCACCACUACAAUCAAGAGAUCCUGUCUAAAAUUGCAUACUUUACUUUCAUAAAUAGGUGGUUUGUUGUAAGCUCUAUCCUUAGUCUUAGGGUCUCUUAUUGUUUAAUAUAAUAAACUACAAAGUAAACAUAUAUUAUAUAUCUAUUAUAGUGUCAUUAGAUUUGGCAAAUCAAAUAUUUUAGUUUGAAAAGAACUCUGAAGUCAAAAUAGAAUAGAUUAAAUAAUUAAAAGAAAUCAACAACGUCAUUGAAUAGUAAAAAGAGCAAUCUAGAACUGAAAAGUCUCCUCAUAGUUAGAGAUAACUGCAUAAAUCUUAGGUAGACUCCCCAUAUUCUGGAAUUGAAGUGAACAAACUUUUUUUUAAUGUGUUGAGAUCAUAGUUUGAAUUUCAAACUAAUUCUGAAAGAAAGAUACAACUAAAUCAAAGAAAUAGGAUAAUUUCAAAGCAAUUUAAUUUUGAAAAGAAUAAUACUAAAUGGGUCUAGAAAUUUGGAUACACGAGUUCUAAAGAUUAUUUUAGAAAAUCAAUUAUUGGAAUAUUAACCAGAUAUUCACCAUUAAUAUUGAACUUCAAAUUUUUAAUAAAUCAAAUCACAUUUGGUAAAUUGUUUUAAUGCAAUGAUUCAAAAUUAUUAGAAAUAGCUUUGAAAAAGAUUAAUAUGCUUUCAGAUUCAAAGUAUCUAUUUGAAAAAUUGAAUGAAAUAGACAAGCUAAAAUAAAUAUUACUCACUAAAGAUUAGUUAACUAUAUUUAACUUCACUUCGAAGCCAAUUAUAAGCUUCAAAAUUAAAAAUAGAAGGGCUUCUAAAAACUCUCUUUACAAGCAGUAUAAUUAAUAUAUACAAAACAAAUAAAAUCUGAUUGAUGAUAUCAUUUACAAUUACGAAUAAGUUCUAUCCGUCUAUGAAAAAAUAGAGUAGACCAAGAUCUUGUACCCUGAGAAUCAUUACUAAACUAAUAUAAUAAGGAGAUUAAUUAAACAAAUUGACCCAGAAUUACUAACAAUUUAUAGAUUAUAAAAGUAUAUUGAAAGUCAGGAAGUGAUAGAAUAAUUAAGUGAAGUCGAAUAGUAAUAAAACAGUGUGAAUUGUUUAAUAAGUGAUGAAGUAUGA